UAGUUAAGUAUGUUGACUGUUCUUGCGCUCGUGGGGUGGCGUAAAGCGAUAUGGGUGCAUAGUGUUUGGUGUGCUCUCAACUAAAUACUACAUAUGUGUUGUAUACAUAUACGAGGGUGUGUGUUUUGUAUUUUUGUAUGAGUCAUAAGCUACCUGUCCGCUCUCUAAUCAGAUAGAGCACGUACAAUGAUGGAUUCAUUGAUUGGAGUUGAUUAUGAUGCAAUGAUAAUGACUCCUUUCUUGGACUAAUCCAUGCAUCGGUAUGGUUGAUGGUUGGUAAUCUAAAACAAAAAUGUCGGGUGAAAAUGGAUUUAGAAAAGAGUCUGUUCACUUUACUAUCUGCUCAACAAGAUUUCGAUUACAGUUAAAAUGAUUAAUUACAGUUAAAUAAAAUGAUAGUCACUCAAAAAUCGAGAAACACCUAUAAAUAAUUGAAAACUUGGCCAAAAAUCGAAAUUAUGUACUGCCAAUUGUGCCAAAUACCUUUUAAUACAACCAGCGAUUUAUGCGGAUGAGAAGUAAAUACCAUGAGAUAAUGCUUAUUUGGGUGCCACCCUCAUGGCACAAUACUACACGAUCGUUGCAAUAGAUGAUCUAACGAUUUUAUUGUAAAAAUAAAUGUUCGCCGGGAAGUGUCAGAAAUGCCCGAAGCUGGUGCUAGUGAAUCAGCUCAACGCGCAUGCGCGGCCUUUGUUGUCAUCACGCAAACACAUGGUUUUUUACUAUCUUACGCUCGCGACCGGCGUUGGGGGUCGUUGUUAUCACCUACAUUGCGUUGUCAAUCGUUGGAAAGAGCUGAAGCUAACCACCGCUAGCCACCAAAGCUGCAGCAGUGUUCGAGGAACUGUGUAACCUUAAGCUGUGAUUCUGACUCAAACGCAUCAUGCCCUGGGAACGACCGGCCAACGUACCUUUUCCGAAUGUUUGGUGGACGUUCGAAGCUCCCGAUCCGGACCGUGAGGAUGGUGCGCUGGUGACGUACCGUGUAGAGGACUUAACGGAAGAUCGAUUCGAUGAUGCUAUCAAACUGUACACCGAACAUUUCCUUGACGACGAGCCACUUUGUUCGUAUGGCCGGGUUCGACACAUUCCCGCGUCCUAUGAAGAAAUUCUCGCAUUCUGGCAUUACCUGCUCAGCGAGAAGUUUACCAUAGUAUGCUACAAGGAAGGAUCCAAAGAGAUGGUAGGAGCCAACCUGCUUUCGGUGAAGAUGGCCAGCGAUAAACACGACCUAACGGAUUUGAUAAAAACUGAAAGCAUGCAAAAAUUGGUUGCCGUCAACGAGUACAUGACCGAUACGGUGAACCUAUUCGAACGGUACGGUGUGGAUAAGUACUUGACGGCGUACGGAUUGAGCGUGAACAGUCGCUACCGUGGGCGCGGAAUCGCCACCGAAAUACUGAAAGCACGUCGACCGAUUUGCCGGGCAUUUGGCUUGCGACUUACGAGCACCAAUUUCACCGCCAUUGGUUCACAAAUACCGGCCGCAAAGGUUGGCUUUAAAACGGAUCUAGAAAUGCAAUACGAUGAAUUUGUAAAAGUCAACCCGACUUACACCUUCGAUGGAAUCAAGAGCAAAAGUCUAAAGCUAAUGAGCCUCCCGAUUGAAUGAGUUACUUGGCGGAAAAUGUGAGUGUGUGAUGUAAGGCGCAGUUGCUUUUAAAUGUAGUGAUGUUAAAUAAAUAUGAAAUUGCUAAUGUUUA